AUGGCUCCCCAGUCGCGCAUCUUUCUGACAAGACACUCGCAAGCAGAGCACAACGUCGCUGACGAUUACACGAUCCGAGAUGCUCCUUUGACACCGCUCGGAAAGCAGCAGUCGGCACGUUUGCCGUCGCUGACCUCCGACUUGCAGUCGCGUGCCGAAGUCAUCCUCUCAUCUGCUCUCAAGCGCACGUUGCAGAGCACCAAGAUCGGUUAUGCUCCAGCCAUCGAGCGUCUCGGCGGCUUGGGCAAGGUGGUAUUGCUGCCCCAGCUUCAGGAGUGUAAUGCCUACCCUUGCGAUACGGGUUCGGCCAAGGAGGUCCUCGAACGCGACCCCGAGCUGCAAGGAUUUGACUUUUCGUCGCUCACGCCAGACUGGACCAGCAAGCAGGGCUUCUACGCUGCCGAUGAGGUCUCGCUCAACAAGCGUGCUCAGUGGGUGCGGCAGUACCUUCGCAGCCGACCCGAACAAGACAUUGUCGUCAUGGCCCACGGCGACAUUCUUCGCAGGAUCGCCGGUGAGCCCUACCCCUGGAAGAACGCCGAAGUGCGUCUGUUCCAGUUCGAUCCUGCUUCGGUCGACACUGAUGCGUGCCCGUUGGUCCACGUCCAGAACAUCGCUACAGGCGGCGCAAUAGCUGAACCAACUUCUGGCGACAUUGCUGCUCAGCAGGGUGUUUCUGCACCCGGCGCCGGAAAAGACGCCAACUCUGCUCUGCCUGCGAUCCCCAUCUCGAGCUCGGGCUCUCUGCAUCAUUUCGCCGCAGAGCCUGCUGCAGCUGACACGAGGGUCAAAGAUGCCGAGCUGAAAAGGAUUGAAGAUCGCGUUCGCCACCGUCAAUCGAUCCUUUUGGAACAGACCAACGAACUGCAGGAGCUCGAAAAACGAUUGCAGGCCGCAGAAGCACGAAAGAAGGAGCUCGAGUCGCGCGGCGGUUUCGUAUAG